UUUUUGUGUGUGUUGAAUGUUGAACGUUGUAUGGCACAACAUCGCGUUGACCGAUGCACGGAAGAGAGCAUCCCGAGAAGGAGUACGCAUCGUUGAACUCACCACGCUGGUUUGUUUUUCCGCUCUCCUUCUCUGCUGCGGCUCUCUUUCUUACCUCACUCCUCCAACUCAUCAAUUUACCAGGAGCAGUGGCGUAGCCCUGGGGCAGCGGCACACGUGGUGGGGAGCCCUGUCCUCGCUACCCGCUCCCCUUUACUCCCGGUAAACCACUGUACUUGCCGCGUGGUGAGUUUGCCGGCUGGGCUUCUGGUGGAUUUGUAGGCUUCUUGUGCUCUGAGUUCCGUGCUCCCAGUUCCGAGCUCCCCUUCUCAUUGGUCGGCCAAUCGUGUAUGAGUGAGCUUGGAGCUUGGAGCUGCUCCGCGUCGCGUGUCGUUCGGUCGCCGUUUGUGUGUGGGUGUGUGUGCGUCGCUGGCCGUUCAAUUUGUGUGAAUUGAACCUGGCCAAUAGAGUCCGUCGAGUGGAACCGAAAGCGAGCUGCAACAGCAACAAUACAAUAAAAAAUACAACACAACCAAAUAAGAGGCAGCGAUGUCCACCGCCGUUGAAACGGGGUCGUCGCCUGCCAAGAGCAACAGCAAUAGCAAUAACAACAGCAGCGGCGGUAACAACAGCGGCAACAACGGCAAUCCCAGUCCAAAUGCAAAAGGCGUGCAGCGGCGUCAACUGCGGGAGAGGAAACAACGCAAGCUCUACCUGGAGGAAUGGUCACUGGGCGACGAGGAUGGUGAGGGAACGCGAGGAUUUAGCGUCGCCGAGAAGCUCGAAUCUUCGAAGUUCGCGCAGGCGGGAAUGGUGCGCGAGAUGCGCGGAUGCGAUCUCACCGUCGCAUUCCUACAACAACAUGGCUUCAAUAUACCGCUGUUAUUCCGGGACAAAGCAGGAUUGGGUUUACGAAUGCCAGAUCCUCAGGAGUUCACUGUGAACGAUGUACGACUGUGUGUGGGAUCCAGGAGACUCCUCGACGUCAUGGACGUAAACACGCAAAAGAACCUCCAGAUGACCAUGAAGGAAUGGCAACAGUACUAUGACAGUCCGCAAAAGGACCGUCUGCUAAAUGUGAUCUCGCUGGAAUUCUCGCACACCCGCCUAGACAGGUUCGUUCAAAGUCCGGAGAUCGUGCGACAGAUCGAUUGGGUGGACGUGGUGUGGCCCAAGCAGCUGAAGGACGCCCAGCGGGAGGGCACCAACCUGCUGGGCGGCAUGAUGUACCCAAAGGUGCAGAAAUACUGCCUGAUGUCGGUGAAGAACUGUUAUACGGAUUUUCACAUUGACUUUGGCGGCACUUCCGUUUGGUAUCAUAUCUUGAGAGGGAGCAAAGUAUUCUGGCUGAUCCCACCCACGGAUCGUAAUCUUCAGUUGUACGAAAAAUGGGUUCUCUCUGGCAAACAGGCUGAUGUUUUCUUUGGAGAUACAGUGGAGAAGUGUGCCAGGGUCUAUUUGACUGCAGGAAACACCUUCUUCAUUCCCACUGGUUGGAUACAUGCAGUCUACACACCAACUCAAUCCCUCGUAUUUGGUGGAAAUUUUCUGCAUUCUUUCGGGAUAGUGAAGCAACUUAAAACAGCAAGUGUGGAGGAUAGUACGAAGGUGCCACAGAAGUUCCGGUACCCCUUCUUCACAGAGAUGCUCUGGUAUGUCCUGGCUCGCUAUGUUCACACGCUGCUGGGUCACUCCCAUCUGGAGGGUGAGGCAUCGUUAAGCGAAGAUGAAAUGGCUGCCCGUCCUCACACCCACCUAACCCAUCAUGAGCUCUUUGGUCUUAAAGAGAUCGUUAUGUAUCUGUACGAUUUGCCGCCACAAAAGAAGAAUGUACCCAGUUUGGUUCUGGAUCCAGUGGCCUUGAUUAAAGAUGUUCGAUCGCUGGUGGAACGCCACUGCAAGGAUCAGCAAGAUCUCGCCAUUACUGGCGUUUCUGUGCUACAAUCCCCACCGGGAUCACAGCCGCCCUUCUUGCUUUACGACCGCACACGGGUGAAGCAAGAGAUAAAACAGGAAAUAGCGCGCAAGAAUGCAGAGGUUAUACGGGAACAACAGCAAUUGGAGGCAGGUAGAGCUAGGGAGGCAGAAUCGGAUACUUCUCAAUCCACUGGAGUCGGAUCUGCCAUCGGAAUGGGGGCUGGAAUCGAGUACAGUAAUGGAGUGAUGAAGAAGGAACAGUUGGAGAACGGUAGCGGAGUAGCAAUUGGUGGAAAUGGAUCGCAGCCAGAGGCCACCUUUGUUCUACCAACCGACACGCUUAAGUAUCGCCCACCCAAGAAGAUGCAUUUGGCCACUGCGUUGGUGGCAGCUGCCGCUAGCAGUAGCAAUGGAGGAUCCGGUGGCUCAGUAGGAGGAGGCGGUGGAUCUGCAGUCGUGGGGAGCAGCCAUAGUCCCACCAGUGGAGGCGUGGGUCCUGCUCCAGGAGCUGCCGGCGCCAUCAGUGUCAUUGCCACCAGCUCCACUUACAGUGAAGGAGGAGCAGUCGGCGGAAUUCUCACCAUGGACAAUUGUCAUUCUCCAGGGGAUGGUGGUGCGAAGCUGUCGCCAAAUCUGACUGGCACCGGACAACCACGUCGUCGUAGGACGCGCUGCAAGAACUGUGCCGCCUGUCAGCGUUCCGACUGCGGAACGUGUCCCUUCUGCAUGGACAUGGUGAAGUUCGGUGGUCCUGGCAGAGCCAAGCAAACGUGCAUGAUGCGACAAUGUCUAUCGCCCAUGCUGCCGGUCACAGCGCAAUGCGUUUACUGUCACCUGGAUGGCUGGCGCCAGACACCAGUUUCGCCUCAGACCAAGCAGCUUGCUUCCGCCGAUGGGCCCUCGGCACUGAUGGAGUGCUCCGUUUGCUACGAGAUCGCCCACCCGGAUUGUGCACUCUCACAGUUGGAUGGAACAGAGGAUGCAGCGGAUGCCAAGGGCAUCGUAAAUGAGGAUUUGCCAAACAGCUGGGAGUGUCCUAGCUGCUGUCGUUCGGGUAAAAACUACGAUUACAAGCCCCGUCACUUUCGUGCACGUCAGAAAUCCUCCGAAGUGCGUCGCGUAUCAGUCUCUCAUGGUCCAGGAGGAGGCGCCGAUGGCCACGCGGAAGGAACUCCAUUGCUGCCGCCCCCGGUGGGCCAGUACAAUGACUUUGUUUUCACCAGUGAGUCUGAGAUGGAAACCGGCACGGCCAGCGGCCACAUGACCCACUGGAAACAUGGAAUGAAGCGCCACCACCAGUUAGAAGUUAAAACGGAGCGGAGUAAUUACUGUGACCCCCCAUCGCCUGUAAUCUCACCCAGCGCUGGGAGCGGUGAAUUCAAAGUAGGCAAGCGGAGCAAAAGUGAUGAUGGAACCUGCGUUAGUAGCACCAUGCAUGAGAGUAAUGAUGCUCCAUGUGGCUCCUCGGCGGAGGGGGCAGGAGGAGCAGGUACCACCAAUACAUCUACCCAUCAGUGGAGCGGCAGUGGCGGAGGAGGUGGCAUUCGAAAGAAGAAUUCAAUACGAUCGCAGCUGGCUCUGCAAAUGCUGUACUCGUCGACGCGAGUGCUUAAGAAACCUCAGUAUGUGGUGCGUCCAGCAAGUGGAACCGGCUCCUCUUCGUCCAGUGGAAAUGGUGGCAGUACAUCCGCCACCAACGGAACCAGCAAUGGCAGCAAUCAAAGCGGUAACAACUCCAGCGGCAACGGAGAGCGAGGAACCAAUAACGGUGGAUUGAGUGGCUCGAAUGGCUUGGGUAAUCAACACCACAGUUCAACUCAAAAUCUGGCAUUGGAUCCCACUGUGCUGAAGAUAAUAUUCCGAUAUCUUCCGCAAGACACUCUGGUCACAUGCUGUUCAGUGUGCAAGGUAUGGUCCAAUGCGGCCGUUGAUCCUGAUUUGUGGAAAAAAAUGAAUUGCUCCGAGAACAAGAUGUCAGCAUCUCUCUUGACAGCGAUUGUGCGCAGACAGCCGGAGCAUUUGAUUUUGGACUGGACACAAAUUGCCAAGCGACAGCUGGCGUGGUUGGUGGCUCGCCUCCCUGCCCUCAAGAAUCUCUCGCUACAAAACUGCCCCAUUCAGGCAGUGCUGGCUCUGCACACCUGCCUUUGUCCACCGCUCCAAACCCUGGAUCUCAGCUUUGUAAGGGGGUUGAAUGAUGCUGCUGUAAGGGACAUCCUUUCGCCUCCAAAAGAUUCGCGACCUGGUUUGAGUGACUCGAAGACACGGCUUAGGGAUCUCAAAGUGCUGAAGCUGGCUGGCACGGACAUCUCCGAUGUGGCAGUGCGCUACAUCACCCAGUCGUUACCAUACUUGCGGCACCUAGAUCUCUCCUCCUGCCAACGGAUCACGGAUGCGGGCGUGGCGCAAAUUGGAACCUCCACCACUGCCACUGCCCGUCUUACGGAGCUAAAUCUGAGCGCCUGCAGGCUCGUCUCUGAGAACGCUUUGGAACACCUGGCCAAGUGCGAUGAGCUAAUCUGGUUGGAUCUGCGUCAUGUGCCCCAAGUGAGCACCCAAUCGGUGAUCCGAUUUGCGAGCAAUUCGAAACACGAUCUGUGCGUCAGAGACAUCAAGCUGGUGGAGCGGAGGCGUAGGAACUCGACGACAGUGGCCAGAAGCUGGCACCAUGACUGAGGAACUGGCACCUGGAGGAGGUCCCAAAAAUCUUAUUCAUAUGAAUUAGGACAGUACACUUUCUAAGCCCCAUCCUCAUACCAUAAAUCCCAAAUCCCUCGCCGGAAUGCAAGCCAAAGAGAGUCGUCGAGCCCUUUGCAUUGCAUGUGUUUAUGUCAACAGAAAAAAACUAGUCAGAGAUUAGAGUCCGCUUCCUUUUUUCCGAUUGCGAUUUGCCUCUUUAAGGUCACUGAUUAGAAUGUUUGAUAACAACCGAAUUAACUUCAGCUUCUGUGAAUAUCGAACAUUUCUUUUUCAAAAAUUUAAUCACUUUUAGUGUUUUUAAGAGCACAGAUAAAUUAAAUAUUUAUGUUAAAGGUUUUAUAUAUUCAAGCAUUGUAAUUCUCGUUUUCUGAAACCACUUAGUGCAGUGGAAAGGGCUAAGCUUCGGUAUUUCCGAAGUUAGAUGGCAGCCAUCCUCUCCGAAACCCCUUUUUUACACGUAGCCACAACCCUCACACUUGGACUUAGCGUAGUGAUUAAGAUUAGCAUUCCCGCGAUGGUAAUUACAUUUAAUCAGUGUCAUAUAUUUAAGUAGGCAGGACGAGUUACAAGUUAGAGAACAGCACUAGGUGCACCCAUCCAGCUUAAGUAGAUCCAGCUCGCACAGCAACUAAGAAUCACAUGCAGUGCGUUUCGGGACUGUAAGAGCAAUGCAACCAAAUGAUAAAACCGAUUUUAUUUGAUUGUCGAAACCCUUUUUAAACUUUCUCAAAAUUUGGCCUUAAUCGAUGCAAUUAAAUCUCGAGUUGCUCUAAAACGAUCUUACAGUUCGGAAUCCCACUGUAUCAGCGCUAACGCCGCACAUAGUCGAUAAGUCAACCUGCCAAGCACCCUAAGAACCCUCUCCCUCCCACUCCAGUAGCAGUUAAAAUAGUGAUAACGUUGCAAAAUCAUAUAUUUGAGAGCAUGUAAGGUUAAUACAAGUACGCGCAUACUUAUAUUUAAUGUUUUACAGAAUUACAUUACAAAUAUAGAAUAAUGUUUCAAGAA